CCACCAACCAAAGAACAAAUUGAUGUUACUGGUAAUGAGUCUCCCCUCAAAGGAUUUAUUAGAGUCUUCACAACCAUCUGGGUGCAAUUCGUUGCAAUCACAAUCGACUACUUCUGGACAUUUGCAGUGUUUGCAGGUAUCUUUUUGGGGAUCCACUACGAUGAGGGGUCGAUGAAACAGUCUACAUCGGCACAAAUAACAACAUUCAUGUACAUGACAGGAGAUAUGUUGGCGCGUUUGCUCUACUUCAUCCCAAUACCCUUUAAUAAAUGGGUCAUCUUUGGGUUUUCGUGUGUGAGGUGUGUAUUAUAUGUUCCUAUUUUCAUUUACUAUUACAACGUCUAUACAAACCCGUACCUCAUGUUCUUCAUAAUGUUGGUGUUUUCUGUGUCUCAUGGAUACUUUGGAUCGUGGGCUAUGCAGUUGGCGUACAAGUCUGUCAAAUUCACUGAUAUGAACAUCACUGGAGGUUUGCUCGCAUUAGCCCCAGAUAUAGGACUUGCAUUCGGUGCGACAGUUUUGUUCAUUCUGCAACUCGUUUUACCUUCCAACGUCCAAGCGUCGGAUUGA